GGGGCCAAGUAAGGCAAGAUUUAGUUUUUUCUGGAGUUUAACAUCAGAAAAUUACAGCUCAUCCAGGAUUUUAUGUCCUUAAAAAUAGACAUUUUAUGACUCUAAAUCACAGCAUGACACCUUUGUGUUUUUUUGUGCUUCACAGACUGAGGCGACAAGGUGCCAGAGAACAGUAUGGUUACAAUGAGGUUGUUUUGAAAGGAGCGGGGAAGAAACUGAGCCUUCUUGGUCAAACGUGUGCGGUCUGUUUAGAAGAGUUUCGCAGCAGGGAUGAGCUCGGAGUGUGUCCAUGCUCCCAUGCUUUUCACAAGAAGUGUCUUCUAAAGUGGUUAGAGAUCCGCAGUGUCUGCCCCAUGUGCAACAAGCCCAUUUGUCGCCUCAAGCCGGAAACCCCGCAAGCACCUGAGCAGCCGCAGAGCCUCCUGGAGGUCUGAGAGGGGGACACGAGUCCAGCAGCACCUCACACAGAUAACUCUCACUAUAGAUUUAGUUUAAGUAAUGCAAACAUUUCUUGAGGCAGAGCUACUUAUUUAAUUAUCCGAGUUAAACUGUUCAGAGCCAAAGAACCUACCUGGCAACCUAUAUGAGGGGAGAUUAUUUAUCAGCAUUCCUGAUGGCAGAUGAAGGUUAACAAUCAAGCCUAGAUACUGCAAUGUUCAGUACGUAGCCAGAUGCUUAAGCUAAUGCACAAGUGCCUUAAAGCUGCAGGUCCUUUAAAGUAGAACCCUGCACGGGACCUUCAGAUUCCUCCCACUGGAUUUCUGAACAUUCGCGGCCGCACAUUAGAGAUUUUCCUCUUGUUCCCGCAGUCAACAACUGAGUUUCUCCAGAUGUCAGACAUGUCUUGCUUUGCAUUUGAUUUAUAAAAACACGCUUUAAUCGUCUUUUCAACUUCUGUGUUGACUACGUCUCCGUCCGUCUGGAGGGCGCAAACUAAAUCCAAAGACCUGCAGUUUAUUUUUAACCAAACGCAGCAAGAGUAAAAACCGUCUGCUCCUGUGAGAUUGGUGUUGUGUUAGGGUUAAUGUAGUACUUCACUCUAAAGGCCACUAAAAGACACAUUCAGGUUAUUAUCAAGAUUGAUUGUCAGAUAGAUAAUUCCACUUCUUACUGUGUGCAUGACAAUCUUUACAAUUACUUAAUGACGAGGAUAAAGGCUUAAAGAGAGCUGUGUUCCAACUGGCAAACAUUUCAUGUACACAAUGCAAUGCUUCACUGUUGCUGAUGAGUGUCUGAAAUCCCAGUUUACUCCUUGUUAUACAUAAAUUAUGUAGGAAAACAAUGAAUGAGGGAACAAUUUGGGACACAGUCCAAAACUGCCAAACUGAGAUUGAGCCAUAAAUCCCAAGGCUCCUUCUCAAUCCUAUGGACGACGUCACUAAUGCUGCUUCCACAUUAUUGGUUAGCAGGAAUGCUGCUGCCAGUCUUUAUGAACAGGCUCCAGUUGAAUACAUUCCUCGGCCGGCAGGAAAACCGCAGUUAGCUUCACCCGAUGAAGUUUGAUUGACGUGAUUAUCUGCUGUGGAGAAACUCAUGGCAUCACCAAAAACACGUCGCUUGCAGAGCGUGGAGAUGCCAGAUAGUUGUUCAGAUUCCUGAUAAAACCCUUAUAGCUGGAUCUUCUACUUCUGCAUCACCCAAACAGAACGAGAAUACUCCUGCCUCCGGAGCAGCUCUGCCUCUGAGAAAUGUUUGUACGACAAACUACGGUCAUUUUUCAAAGACGACAUGCAGCGCCACAUGAACACGAUGUAGGUUUUACAACAACUCUGAGAGCCUGGAGCUCGGAAAGAAGAAGACUCGACCACCAGCUCUAAAGAUGUCUGAACCUACUUUGGCUCGCCCCAAAGGCAGAGACUGAAACAGAGGACGCACAUGCAUGUACACUAACAAGAGUCAGGUGUAUUUUGGCUGUAAUCUUCUAUUGUCUCCCAGUUAGUCAGCUCUGUGUGUUGCCAAGCUUAGUGAUGGUUUUGAAGAGUCAUAUGGGAUCUGAAGCCUGUUUAAGCCACUCCGCCACUAAAAUAACACUUAUAUACAUGGUAUUUAAGUUAUUCCUAGGGAACUGCUUUGUAUAAUUUCUGUGAAGGUAUUUUAUGUCAGUGUCAUCGUUGCCAGUGGGACAGACUUGAACCGACCAUCCCUCAAUGAAAUCUUAGCUCGCAGUGUCUCCACUGUAGUGAUAUAAAUAGACGUGCUGCUCUGAUAUGAACAGCCUGUUUGAGCUGGUUUCUUGUCUGAGUGAGGUGCACCAUAAACAUUAUCUGUAUGUAUCAUGUAAUAUACUACGAGUACUGUGUAAAUUGUAAAUGCUUUACAUUUUCUGACUUUAGAAAAAGAAAAAAAAUAUAACCAGUGUUUUGAUAAGGUCA